AUGUGUGUUUACAAAAUUUAUGUUUUCCCUACGCUUUUAGAGUCAGCAAAAUCAGAUCUAAGCGUUCUGACACCAGAAAUUAUUUGCUCAGAGGGGGACAACAAUACGUUGGGAAGACCGGAUUACUCUAUGAUAAGAAUCCUAUCGGAAUCACACACUGAUAUGCAUAUAAAAUGGUCCGUGAGGUGGAGUCCGUUAACAGUAACAACACAGCGGUUUACUAUCAUAACAUGGAAGUCAGUUCGCGAUCUCGAAAAGAAAUUAAAUGGACCUCAAUUGGAACCACUUCUAUUUGUUCUCAAGAAUGACGAGCUGAUUAGUGGAGUGAACUAUAUUCUGAACUUAACAGCGAUUGUUUCUGAUGAAAUCAUUACUAAAUCUUUUUCAAUAAAGUACUACAAGUAUAACCAGGAUGCAACAGAGUCGACGAAUGAUGCCUUUUCCAUGAUGUUAUUAGGGGGACGGACUACAUGUGCAGAUGUAGAUUUUGCAAUCGAAGCCGAUGUUAGGACUUGCUCGUCUACACAGGAUUAUUACUUUUCUUGGGAAGUCUACAGCACAACAUCCGCUUAUUAUGUUAAUGUAUCGAAUAUAAUUGGGUCCAACCUGGAAAUGCCUCGGUAUACUUUAAAGCCUGGUUUUUAUGACGUGAAUUGCCAACUUAGGAAUGAGAGUAAUGACAUUUUAUUAAAAGAGGUAAAAGUUCCAAUUCAUGUGCACAGUUGUGGAUUGGAUGUAUUUUUGAGCGUAGACCAUCUUGUAAUAUCCACAGACAAUGCUUUUACUAUUGAGUCUGUAGUUAUAAACCACGAUUACGAAGAUUAUCCUGUACAGUAUGACUGGAAAUGUCUUAACAACUUAGGAGAAUCCUGUGACUUCAUUGAUAAUAGUCAUGAUAAUAGUUUCAACUUUUCGUCUGGGAUUCCAAAGAUAGGCGAGUAUUUAAUAACUCUGAUUGUGGUUGCAUCAAACCAAUCAGCUAAUGCAAGUGCAACUAUAGACGUCAUGGAACCGAAUUUGCCAAUUCUCCAGAUUGAACCUGUAAAUCGUGUAAUAAAUCAGGGCAGCAGUACUACACUUUUAGGAAAAGCGUUCCAUGUAGCGCCAUCUUGCAGUGUGACCUGGUAUUUUGCCGCUGAAGGGUUCCUGAAUACAUCAGAACUGCACGGUGUAGCAAUAUCGGAUACACACACAGUAUUUUCUCUAGAAGAAAGCUUUCUCAGCGAACUGGCUGACUUCAGCAAUGAUACUACAUCCGUGGAGAUUGAAGUCGACAUAACCUCGGCCGGGCGAGCGCGCUUCCUCGUCGAAUGCAACUGCACUUAUAGUGCUAAUUGCGAAAGUAUAGAUCUAACAGCAACUUACGCUGAACUUUACUUUCAGCUGAACGAAACUCCGAAAGUUGAGGAUUUGAUGGUGUCACCUGAGACGGGUUCGGCUUUAGAGACUUUGUUCCAAAUCAGAUCCCGAGCGAAGGACUUUGAUAGACCUUUGCGAUACUCAUUCUAUUGCGCUAUCGGACCGAACGUAACCCUUUUACUGGGAUCCUAUUUAGAGUACGAUACGGUUGAGACAUUCCUGCCUUUUAUUGGUAGAUGGUGUAACUUUAAUUUGGGUAGAGGUAUGCGAUGCGCUUGGUGCUUGCUCGAAAAGCGAAACGAGCAGCAUUCAAGUGCGACCAAGCAGCGGAAAAACGUUUGACUCUCUUAUUGAAUACGCCCGCGCUUUUAUCAGGAGAUGUGAGAUCACACGUUUCAUGCAUGUUGCCAUAACUGCUGCUAUUAGUUACACGAAUGCUGGUCAGCUGGAACUAGCGGGCUUAUUUAUGAGAACAGUGCUUGAAUCGCUGCCAGCCUUACAUUCCGGUUGCUCGUUACCGCAGCAUCGAUAUGCCGGCAUUUUGGGCCAGCUCGCCGCCGCAGGGUUCGACGUUACCCCUUUAUUGGCCUGAUUUCAAAUAAAACCCUAGCUAUAU